CACGGGCCGCCCGCCAUGGCCGAGGCAGGAGCGGGAAGCGCCGAGGGGACCGAGGAGGAGCGGCGGGCUGCUGAAGAUAAUUUCUCAAUAGAUGAAAACCCGUCCAUUGCUUCUGGAGUCCCUAGCCUCAUGAAUCCAAUAACUAAGCCUGCUACCACUACUUCUUUCAACGUUUCUGUGGCUGAGAUUCCAAGGAAGCGCAAAGGAAGUGAUUCUGAUAACCAGGACACAGUUGAAGUUGAUGGUGAUCCUCAGAAAAGGAGUGAAGAUGAAGAACAUGUUAAAAUAAAAGAUUUCAGAGAGGCUCACAGUCAAACAGAGAAGCGAAGAAGAGACAAAAUGAAUAAUCUGAUAGAGGAAUUGUCUGCUAUGAUACCUCAGUGCAAUCCCAUGGCACGAAAGCUAGAUAAGCUUACGGUGUUACGGAUGGCUGUGCAACACUUAAAAUCUUUAAAAGGUUCCACUAGCUCCUAUACAGAAGUCCGGUAUAAACCUUCAUUUUUAAAGGAUGAUGAGCUCCGACAGUUAAUCCUUAGGGCUGCAGAUGGAUUCCUAUUUGUGGUUGGAUGCCACAGAGGAAAAAUUCUGUUUGUCUCGGAAUCGGUUUGCAAAAUACUUAAUUAUGAUCAGGCCAGUUUAAUUGGACAAAGUUUGUUUGAUUACUUGCAUCCAAAAGAUGUUGCAAAAGUUAAGGAGCAACUUUCUUCUUCGGAUGUCUCUCCUAGGGAGAAGCUCGUAGAUGGGAAAACUGGCUUGCAAGUACACACAGAUUUUCAAGCUGGACCAGCUCGACUGAGUUCUGGUGCUCGACGUUCCUUCUUCUGUCGGAUAAAAUGCAGUAGGACCACAGUCAAAGAAGAAAAGGAGUGCUUGCCCAACCCAAAGAAGAAAGAUCACAGAAAAUACUGUACUAUUCACUGUACUGGGUAUAUGAAGAACUGGCCUCCUAAUGAGGUGGGAGUAGAAGAGGAAAAUGAUGUAGAAAAGGACAGUAGUAACUUUAACUGUCUUGUUGCAAUUGGGAGGUUACACCCCUAUAUUGUUCCACAAAAGAGUGGAGAGAUAAAAGUCAAAGCAACAGAAUUUGUUACACGAUUUGCCAUGGAUGGAAAAUUUGUUUAUGUAGAUCAGCGUGCAACAGCAAUUUUAGGGUAUCUGCCACAAGAGCUUCUAGGAACUUCUUGUUACGAGUACUGCCAUCAAGAUGAUCACAAUCAUCUAGCUGAAAAACAUAAAGAAGUGUUGCAGAAUAAAGAAAAAGUAUUUACAAAUUCCUACAAAUUUAGAGCAAAAGAUGGGACUUUCAUUACUUUAAAGAGUCAGUGGUUUAGUUUCAUGAAUCCCUGGACCAAAGAACUGGAGUACAUUGUAUCAAACAACACUGUGGUAUUAGGUCAUAACGAGUCAGCUGAAGAACAGGUCCUGUAUGGUUCUCAGCCUGCAGAAGAUGCUGUAAAACAGUCUUUAGUAAGUGUACCUGGAAUGUCCUCUGGAACAGUUCUUGGUGCUGGAAGUAUAGGAACCGAAAUUGCAAAUGAAAUAUUAGAAUUACAAAGGUUGCAUUCUUCACCAUCUGGGGAGUUAAGUCCAUCACAUCUCUUGAGAAAGUCACCUUCUCCAGCUUUAACUGUAAACUGCAACAAUGUGCCAAAUAAAGAGUUCAUUCAGUUAUGUCCUUCAGAAACAGAAGUUCUAGAGACUUCAGAACAGAACCAGGGUGCUAUUCAAUUUCCCAAUAAUGAACCUCUUCUCAGUGGUAAUUCUCAGCUGGACUUUGAUGCAAUAUGUGAAAAUGAUGACACUGCUAUGACAGCUCUUAUGAAUUACUUGGAGGCUGAUGGAGGGCUUGGAGAUCCAGCUGAACUCAGUGAUAUACAAUGGGCUCUCUAGUUUUGCUUUUUCAAAAUAAGAAGGAAUGUAAAACCCGUAAUACGCAACAACUGUGCAUCCUCAGUACUGUAUUAUAAUUUUUUAAUGUUUAUUUGACUUCAUACUUACUGUCUAUACAUUUUUAAAGACUGAAGCCUUGUUCAGAGAGAGACAGUUUCUGCUGCACCUAUGGAAAAAUGCAAUAUUUUUUUCAUGAUGGGGAAACCUUGGAAUUUUAAUAUUGAACCAUCUGUAACUGGAAUGCUUAAAACACAUUACUAUAUUUUUGCUAAGAAGCUUUAACCAAAAGGUACUGUACAAUUUACAGGAACAUUUUUUUCUUUAGUUUUAAUACUUAAACUUUUAUUUAUUGUUUUUGUUUCAAAUGGUAGAAUAUUGAUUAUCCAUGUUACUUCCUGUAAACCUUACUAUACUUAACAUAGUUAAAGAAUACUUGUAACUAUUAAAUUUCAUUGAAAUGAUGAUUUGCACACACUACAGUUGUAAAAUAAGGUAUUGUAAUUCUCAAAUGAUGCAGUUUGAUUCCUUGCCCUUUUCAGAAGUGCAAUUUUUGUAGUCAAAAGUGAAAAUAAGGCAUACAGUUCUGGGAGCAAGGAUUUGAAUUAGAUCACCAUAACAAUCAGAAGAGAAUGUUUUGAGAAAAAUAUUCACUUCCCUAGUAUGCAAAAGUGAUAAAGGUAGAAGAAAAGAGCAACAAAAUCUUAAUUACUAUUUUGUAUUGUUUGUGAUGUAUUAUUUGAGGGGCAGUGCAUAGAAAAGUAAUGCUAUAACUGUAAUAAAGCACUUUGGUUUCAUCACUAGAGAAGUUUGGAUAGAUUGUCUUGGUUCCAGAGUGAGGCUAGCACUGCCUAUUAGUGAAGAAAAUCUUAAAAUCCUGUAGUAUCUUUUAUAGUCUCUAUGUUUUUGGAGAGAUUAGGGUGAUUUUCUAUUGCUUAAGUCUGUGACUUUUUAAAAUAUUUGUGUAAUAUAGUGCUGUCUGUAAGUAAAUGCUAUAUAGGAUGAUCUUUUGGGGGACAGCUUUUGCAAGAAUUGUAUCGCAGUUACAGCAAAUUACUCAACAUGGCACUUAAUAGGUUGUAUUAGAACAAUAUAGCAUUAAUAUAUAAAGUGGAUCUUUUUAUUUCUGGUAUUAAAAGUUUAGACAAAAUUUUGCAUCUAUUAUAUCAUAAAAGCAUAAUUUUUCUUUUUUUUUUUUUUUAAUUUGGGUAAUGAAAGCAUUUGAAGAUAGUUGAUACAUGUGCAUAUUUUUAAUACAGACAUUUAAACCCAGGCACCACCAUAAGCACUACUGCAUUUGUUUUAACACUGGAGGUGAGCGAUAGCCAGCCUGUUUUGGAUCUUUUUAUGAAGGCUGAAGUGUGUGAACAAAUAGAAGUGGUAGUCGCUAGAUGUCAGACUUCUACUGUUGGAUAACUACCCUUUCCUGAAUGAAUACGUCAUUUUGUCAUGCACUGACUUCCUAUGCUUUGACAGAGCAGCUUUAUAUCUUAUAGAUAUGAAUCAGUUUGCAAAUGAUGAGGUUUUUGGUGACAUCUUGUCCAGGUUUUCUAGAGCGGCUUGUUGGAUUGAUUUUUUUUUUUUAAGUCUAUAGAUUUUUUGCAUUAAACUUGCAUGUGAUUUCCUGCAUUCAAUUUUUUUUUUUACAGACGUGGGGCCAAAAUUAUCUGUUCUCUAGCUUUAUUAGAAUAAAGUUUUCUGUUUCUUCACAGAAAAUGAAUUUUGGGCUAUAUCAUGGAACAAAGUGAAAAAAAUAAACAGGAACUUUCUAAGAAUUGAUAGAAUUCUAUUUGUAUAAAAGAAACUUGAGAAUUUCAGUUUUUGCCAUUGUAAAAUGUAUUUUCUUUAUUCUAGAAAUGAAUUCUGAAUAAAACAAAAACUGUCGCUAACAGAGAUAAAUGAGUAAAUAAAUAACUUAAAAUUAUACAGGCUUUCCUCAACAUACUUUCUUUUUUAACUGGAUUAGUUUGAAAAUGGUGCAGAUGUUAUUGAAGGAACAUAUUAAUUCUUUCACAAGAUUUAUAUAAUCAUCUAGAGUCAAAACAUUAUUUUUGGAUUCUUCUUGGAUUUCCCUAAAAAAUAAAAACAAAAAUGUAA